AUGAUUGAUUGGGGUAUUCGUCAUCUAGAUCAAGCCGAGGCCUGGGCAUUUUGGAAGACCUCCCAGGCUCCCAGCGUCUCCAGUAGAGCAGCGUUGGUACUUGGCCUACUCCGGAUUACGGAGGUUCAGAUCAUCCAGUGGUACGUGGAGGAGGGUGCAUACAUAGAAGAGUGGAAACCUCUGUGUCAGUAUCAAUCAGAUAAAGCAGUUGACGACAUCACAUCGAGAUAUGAAGGUGUAGUCAAGAAACUGCACUUUCAGGCGGAUGACACGGUUCCAACGGGCAAGGCGCUUUGCGAUAUUGAGGUAGAAGACGGUAAAUACUUUGAGGACAGUCCGCCGCCUGCACCGGAACCGGUUCAGCCUAGUCCGACCCCUGCAGCCGCUUCACAAACGCAGUCCGUAGAGGAGGUUGCACCUACUCCCCCGAUAAAUGCGGUGCGAAUUGAGACGCCGAAAUCGCCAUAUGCAACCCUGGCAACCCCAGCAGUGCGUGGUCUACUCAAAGCACACAACCUUGACAUCACAGAGAUAUCAGGAACCGGCAAAGCUGGACGCGUUCUCAAGGAAGAUGUCCAUCGGUUUAUAGCCUCCCGGGAGUCGGCAGCUGCAACAGGGCCCACGAUAACCGCACCACAAGCAGAGACCGCCGUCAACCUGACGCCCUUCCAAUCCCAGAUGUUCAAGACUAUGACCAAGUCGCUCAACGUACCACACUUCUUGUUUGCAGAUGAAUUGAACAUCAACCAGAUCACUUCUCUGAGGAGAAAGCUGGCAAACGACCCUAAAGACCCCCAGAAAAUCACAUUCCUCUCGUUUGUCGUCAAGGCAGUUUCCCUGGCGCUGAACGAAUAUCCUCUUCUCAAUGCGAAAAUUGACGCGAGCAACCCCGACAAGCCGCAACUUAUAAUGCGCCCCAAACACAACAUCGGGGUUGCGAUGGAUACACCCAAUGGCUUGAUUGUCCCUAACGUCAAGGAUGUUGCCAGUCGUUCGAUCCUCGACGUUGCGUCGGAAAUCUCGCGACUAAGUGUCCUGGGACGAGAAGGAAAGCUCACGCCUGCAGACCUCAGUGGCGGCACCAUCACUGUAUCCAACAUUGGGAAUAUCGGGGGCACCUACUUGUCUCCAGUGAUUAUACCCAACGAGUUGGCUAUUCUAGGUAUCGGAAAGUCCAAGACUGUACCCAUCUUUGAUGAGGCAGGCCAAGUAACCAAAGGCGAAUUAGUGAACUUCAGCUGGAGCGCAGAUCAUCGCGUGGUAGAUGGAGCAACCAUGGCGAGGAUGGCCAACCGAAUCCGGGGAUUCAUUGAAUCACCAGAGCUGAUGCUUCUGAACCUCCGAUAG